AUGAACUUCCUACUGGGUAUACUGGAGGGGGGCGGCUCAGUGGACGAACAUCCUCUCAUACAGCAGCUCCUAGACCUCUUCUGGCUUCUCAUGGAGGUUAGUACCUACCCCCUUAACCCCCACCUCUACCCCCUAAUCUCUAUUUCUACCCCUACUUCUGGCUGCUCAUGGAGGUUAGUACCUACCCCCUUAACCCCCACCUCUACCCCCUAAUCUCUAUUUCUACCCCUACUUCUGGCUUCUCAUGGAGGUUAGUACCUACCCCUUUAACCUCCACCUCUACACCCUAAUCUCUAUUUCUACCCCUACUUCUGGCUGCUCAUGGAGGUGAGCAUCUGGCCUAGCAUGUAGCCAACACUAGCUAGUCUUUGCUGAACAUAUUUCCUGCACCUGUAUGGGGGGCCAAUCCUAGCUUGGAGAUCUUCUCGCUUAACUCAAAACUUUUGUGUAAAUCGUGCAUUGAUGUCAACGGUAGAUUUGUGCAAAAAAAAACUCAAGUCAUGCGUGCAGCUCUCAAAAUUAGGAUUGGGGACUAAGUGCAUAUGUCAUGUUUUUCUGUUUGCGAUGACUCUGCCCGUACAGGACUAUGAGGUGAACGAGUGUCUGAAGCAACUGAUGAUGUCACUGCUCAGGGCCUACAGAUUCUCCCCCAUCAUCCCCGACCUGGGCUUCCAG